CGAAAUACAACAUACAACAACAACAACAAGAAGAAGUAUGCUCUAUUCCUGUUGAGUCGUGGGUAAUUUUCAUAAAGUUGUUAAAACACAAAUAUCCGCCUUUUCUCCUCGAAUUUUAAUUUAAGACUUAAGCGAAAUUGGGUUAAAGAGUCAUUAUCAAAAGAUAGAGUCUGGUUGAGUGAUGGCUGCUGUACUGCCUGGAGACCUGAGUGAUGAGGAAUGGCUGGUGAUGCGGGCCAGGGCGUGCUUCAAGACGGACCCAUACGCUGCCAAAUCCUGGAUGCUCACAGCUCAAUCACUGUGUCCACACAGCUUCAAUAUCCAGUUUGAAGCAUAUAACCUGGAAAAGCAAAGCAAAAACUCGAAGGAAGCUGCCAAACUUCUAGAGGGACUGCACAGCAUGUUUCCUGAUAAUCAGCGGCUGUGGGCAGAGGUGCAUAGCAUUCUGGAGGCCCUUCAGAAAGAGGCAGGAGAUCAUGACAACUCAUUCCUUACAGAGAUCCUGGCGGCCAUUCCGGACCAGGUCCAGUGUCAGAUGCUGCUCAGUGUGGCAGAGAAGAUCAAGGACAGACUGGAGCAGUGCAGGCUACUUCUGCUUGUCCUUCGCAAGUUUCCUAAGCUCAUCAAGGAACAUGGGCUGAAGCUGGUAGACAUGCUGAUGGCGGCAGAAAGUUUUGCCCAGUUUCAGUCACCCGUCAACUGUUACAGGAAACUUUUAGUGUGUGAUCUGCUGCCCCUGAUUCUGCAGCAGAAGAACAGUGGCCUCAAGGUGAAGGCCGCAAGCCUGUAUUUGUGGCUACAGAAGAGUGUGGAGUUCUACAUCAGCCUUGUGACCACACCCCCUCAGGCUUCAGAACCAGCCACGCCCAAGUCACCAGAUUUGUUGUCUCCCACAAAGACAAGUCGUCGUGCUAAGAUAGCUGGGCUGACCGAGCGGGAGGGUGGCAUACCGCACCCCUGGGCCAGUCUCUACAGACUGCUCUGCAUCGUGGGACAGAAGCUGGGCUGGGACAUGGCGACAGACUUCUUUGAAAAGUCCAGGGAGUUUCAGUGGCAGCAGAUCCUGGGUGUGUACAGCCGUGCCCCCCAGACUGGCGGGGGUUGGCAGGGCCAGCAGGUCCUUUACACCAGCACCGUCCUCUUCCUGGACUGCCUCUUCCACUACAUCUGCAGUGUGGACCCAGAUGUCUUCAACACUGCUGGAAGCAGUGCUGUGCCGCUUGUGAUUGUAGAGGGCUUCAAAUGUGAGCAGCUCGACGUUCAGCCCCCAGCCAAGAGACUGAAGGCUGAGUCCCUGCUGCCCCAGGUGCAUGCCACAGACUCUGUGCCUGGUGCCCAGAAGGUCAUACAGGACUUCCUGACGGCCUUCAAGUGCUAUGAACUGCUCAACUCCACAGCGGAAAUGCAGCAAGAGUUUGUGGUGCUGUGCAGAAACUGGAGAAUGGAGACUUGGAGUUGGAUGAGUCACUUCCAGACAGACAUGUUCCUAUACCAGGGUGCGUUCCCUGAUGCUAUUCGCCACCUUCAAAACUAUUCCAUCGGCUCAAAAUCACAGCUACAGAUCCGCCAUUCUUUGCAGUUGGCAUGUUUCUACUACUGUCUCAAUAAUUACACAAAAGCCUGUGAGCUGAGUCUAGAUGUGAUAGCUGCUCUCCCAGUUACCUCCCCUGAGUCCAGUGACGUGAUUGCUGGGAACCAGUUCACAUUCAGUUCAGGCAGACACCUGGUGCUGGCUCCCUGCACAGGCUCACAGAUGAUACCCUACUGUAUUCAGAUGCUUCUUGCAUGCUUUAAGGAAAAAGCAUUUGGUCCAAAGUCCUCCGAUAUCAUGAUAGGUCAUACCUUAGUUUUGCUGCAGUAUGAAUGGUCGACCAAUAUUGAACUUUUUAAUUUACUGAUAAAAAAGAUUCAGAAGCAAGGAAGUUUCAGUUUUAACCUAUUUUUCAGUUACAUCAUCAACAUUGACAUUCUUGAAGAGUUCUCCUUCAUCAAGACUGCAGAGGGAGGCAAGGUGACCUUGGAUGUGCUGCCUCUCAGUACCGCAACCAUUGCACAACAAAGAACUGUUACAAGGGGCGUCAACAAAGGUGUCACAGAAGACUUUAAGGUGAUGAUGGAAAAGCAAGUGAGACGGUGUGAUGAGCCCAUUGAAUCCAUCAUCAGAGAGUAUCUUCUUAAUGAAAGGCCCUCGAUUAUGGCUAGUUUAUAGAAUCCAUCAUCAGAAAAUGCCAGAAUGAGAAUGAACGACCCUCGAUUGUUGGUGGCCUAUAGAAUCCAUAAUGAGAGAAUACGAACUUAAUGCCCUCUAUUGUUGACAGCCUAUAGAAGCCGGCAUUAAAGAAUACCUUAUCAAUGAACAACCCUUGAUUGAUUGUAGCCUAUAGAAUCCUUCAUCAGAGAACACCAGCUUAAUGAACAGCCCUUUAGAAGCCGUCAUUAAAGAGUACCUUAUCAAUGAACAGCCCUCGAUUGUUUGUAGCCUACAAAAUCCUUCAUCAGAGAAUACCAGCUUAAUGAACGGCUUUCUAUUGUUGAUAGCCUAUAGAAGCCGUCAUUAAAGAGUACCUUAUCAAUCAACAACCCUCGAUUGUUUGUAGCCAAUAGAAUCCAUCAUCAGAGAACACUAGCUUAAUGAAAGGCCCUCGAUUGUUGAUAGCCUAAAGAAUCCAUCAUCAGAGAAUACCUGCUUAAUGAACAGCCCACCAUCCUUUUCAUAUGAUACCCUGCCAAUCUUUUCUCUAGCCUCACUUUGUAUGUUAAUGUUUGACCCUUGUUGUAUACAAUUUGAAGGGGGGGGGGGGAGAAUACAGGGUCAAUACUUUAUAUAAAUUGUUCAAUUUUCGAAGCAAUGUGUUGAAUUUAAUGUUUGAUUGUCUAACCCACUUUAAACCGUUUUCACUGAAAACUGGAGGCGGAAAUCUAUAACAUUCUGAUGAUGCCACUCAUGUUUGAAAGUCUGUUGAAGUUGUGUUUCCUUUGUGAAUUUUUUUUCUAUUUUGGUAAACUGCACUGCAAUGCUCUUAAAUACAAGCAUGUGUACUUGAUCAAAUGUUAGUACCAUUUGCAUUGUCUGUCGACAUUCAAACUCUUACAAGAAAAAUGUGAUAUGUACUUGUUGCUGGGGACCACUGGAAAUAAAAAGCUCUGGUUGUCUGUGGAA